AUGGGCUCCUACUUCGAGGCGACGGUGGUGGCCGAUCUGGCGAAGGACGGUUACAUGGUGCAUUACCGCACUCUGCUGAAGGAGGAUUUAUCAGGGCCGCUGCGGGAGGUGGCGAGCGCGGCGGAGGUCCGGCCGAGGCCGCCGCAGGAUUUGGCGGCAUGGGCGGACCCACAUCCCCUACUCAUGUAUAUUUCUGCGUCCGCCCCGUCGGAGAGGUACCGGAUGAACGACGUGGUGGACGGGUUUGACAAGGAGGGGUGGUGGUGGGGCAGGAUCACCGGCAGAAGGGGAGACAGCUAUUCGGUGUUCUUCGAGACCACCGGAGAUGAGAUUUUUUAUCAUAAGAAUCUGCUCAGGACUCAUCAGGAAUGGACCAAUGGGAGAUGGAGUUUAGCGAUGUUGAUUCCGAUUGGUUUAUUAAUUAAUCUUGGAUUUAUCUUACUCUGA